AUGAAAGUGAACUGGAAUGGUGUAACAAAUGCUUUUAGGCAGUUUUCUUUCAAACUGUCACCUACUAGUUCCGGAAGGGAAGCAUUUUCAUUUCGAGAAGCUAUGCUACAAGCUAGUCGAAGAUUAAAUGAGUUUACAGGUUACACAACCAUUGAAUCUUUAAAGAAAACUGUUGUUUUACGAGAACAGCAACUAAAGGAUCUUCGUAAGGUAGCGAACGAUGCCCGUAGAGCAUACCUAGAGGCUGUCGAAAGGAGGUCAUCCAGUCAACGAGAAGUGAAUGAAUUGCUUCAAAGACGGAGCAGCUGGUCUUCGACGGAUCUUGAAAGGUUUACUAAAUUAUAUAGAGAAGACUAUUCCAAUAAGGAAAAUGAGAGCCUUCUUCAAGAAAAUGUCAAAUCUACGGAGGAAAAAAUUGAGGAUGCACAGAAUGGUCUUGUGCAAUCUAUCCUAUCUCGGUAUCAUGAAGAACAAGUAUGGAGUGAUAAAAUUCGACAAACAAGUACUUGGGGUACAUGGGGACUUAUGGGUAUUAACGUUCUAUUGUUCAUUGUUGUCCAACUUAUACUGGAACCAAAGAGACGGAGACGUUGGGUUCAGGAGUCCAUGGAAUUUGUUGAGAAGGAAAAUAAAGAUAAAAUGGAAUUACAAAUUCAAAAAUUAUCUGACUUGGAAGAGAAAAUAUCCGAGGAUGUCGCCAAAUAUGGUUCGCUGAAUUUAGAGAAUUCUUCUAAGACAGGCUCCCAUUCGCAGGAACCUUCGUCAAAUUCUUCACUUUUGUUUCAAUCUCUUCAAAGAAUACCAUCCUUGGAUUUUUCGUCUUUCAAAUCCUUUACUGAUUCCAUCAAAGCUAUCGUACGCUAUAUAUUUUCUCCUUCUGAUGUCGUACAAGUUACCCAUAAACAACUUUCUAUGCUUAUGACUGAGUUCGCCUUAGCCGGAGGAACGAUAUUAUGCUCAAUUAUGUUUUUGGUUCGUCUUUCAAGGCAUUAA